AUGAAGCAAUUUUCGGAACAGAUUAAGGAACAAAAAGUGGAACAACCAGUUAUAUUUAUGGGUAACUCUAUAGGAGGUGCUAUGGCAACACUAGCUACAAUCUACUUUCUGGAUGAGAGGCUGAAAAAAAUCUAUCCUUUGUGCAUUACAUUUGGCUCUCCUUUGGUGGGAAAUGCUGCUCUUAGAGAAUCAAUUAGCUCCCAAGAUUGGCUUGGAAGAUUUUGUCAUGUGGUUUCAAAACAUGAUUUUGUUCCUUGCAUGCUCCUUGAACCCUUUGAAUCAAUUGCACUCCAUUUGAAUUCAAUUUUCUCUCAGGGAGAGAUAAUAAUGGGCAAUGAUUCUGAUCCUAUACAUGCUUGCAGGGAACUUCUUGACAAUGUCAAGUGCCUUGGAAAGUCUAGCCCAUAUAAACCUUUUGGUAUUUAUAUGAUCUGUUCAACCCAGGGAGCAGCUUGUAUUGAGGACAGUCAAGAUACCUUGGAGAUGCUAAUUUUAACUUUGCAAAGCACUGAAGAAAAUGGUAUUGCCGAUGCAUUGAUUUCAGAGCACAAAAGUUAUGGUGAUAAGUUGAAAAAUGUUUUUGAAAGUGGAUACUCAACAAGAGAUUCGAACAUCUUCUCAGAAUCCUCCAUUGAGAUGGGAAUAACACUGCAAUUAGAAGCCAUGGGUUUUCAGACUCUGACUAAAUCUGCAUUUGAUGCCCUAAAAAAGGCCGCAAAUUUGAAAAACAAGCAUGACAUGGACAUUAAGGACCUAAAUUCAAAGUUGAGCGAGAACUAA